UUAUUGUCACCGGCACCAUGCUGUCCACCGUGCGCCGGCACAGCCUCCGCCUGCAGACCGAGCUCCACCGGUGGAGCAUCUGCGACCCCGGCAGCCACCUACUCCCGGAUAGUUUCCUGGCCCGGGUCCCCACCUGCAUCUCCCGCUCCAAGUCCUGCGCCAGCUCCGCCGGGGAGUCAGAUGGGAGCCGCGGGAGUUGGUCAUCCUCAGAUUCAGUCAUUUCCACCGACUCCGCCGGGGAGCCCGCGGGUCCCGGGAGUCCGUACCGUGUGGUGCUGUUAGGGGCCAGCGGAGUUGGUAAAACGGCAUUCGCCAGUAUCUUCGCCGGUGCUGCUGACAGCAUGGACAGUGAUGACUGCGAGCUGUGUGGAGAUGAAGUGUGUGAAAAGGAAAUUGAAGUUGAUGGAGAGCCUGCAACAGUAACUCUGCUGGACAGAUGGGAUGCAGAGACUGACAGUGAAUGGGCUCAGGAGCGCCACAUGCAGGCAGGUGAUGCCUACCUGUUGCUGUACUCUAUAACUGACCGGGCCUCAUUCCUACGAGCCUCUGAGCUCCGGAUAACCCUGCGACGCUUUCGUCCUGCCCAACACACACCAAUCAUCCUGGUGGGGAACAAGUGUGACCUGGUGCGACGCAGAGAGGUGUCCGUCAGUGAGGGCCGUGCCUGUGCUGCCGUGUUCGACUGCAAGUUUAUUGAAACUUCAGCUGCCAUGCAGCACAACGUGUGGGAGGCCUUCCAUGGCAUAGUGCGACAGCUGCGUCUACGCCAAGAGUCAAAAGAGGCCAACAAACGCUGCAAGCACAAGAAAUGCAGCUCACGCCGUGAAAGCCUUCCUAAGAAGGCCAAACGUUUCCUCGACAAGAUGGUAGCUAAGAACAAUCCCAGUGUGGCGUUCUGGUUGAAGUCAAAGUCCUGCCAUGAUCUCUCUGUGCUGUAG